AUGACCGAGGUUCCACCAGAGAAGCUACAACAUACGAACUCAGAGCCCUCACUAUCAACUACCGAUGGACCCGUACAGCUGCUGCCGUCACAAGAUCAUAUCAAACCUUCCCGUCAUGGUGCGUCCAGAACGCCGACUCACGAAAAGAAACGAAGAUCGCACAUGAGAUCUCAUUCCCAUACGAAGACACCAGUAAGACUCAGCACAUCGGGGCCAAAACCCCAUUUAAAUCGUUCGAAAUCGUCCGAUUUGAUCAGAAAUCAAAGACAGCCGGGGCUCAAGCGGAACAACAGGUCGUUCACAAAAGUCCCCGUGCUUUUACCUUUGAACAAGAGCGUACUGAACAAUGCAGGGAAAGCUCCGUUGAACCGGUCAACGCUGGCCAAUUCUCUAAAAGGAUUUGCACCGUUACGUAAAACCACUCUGAAUAGCUCAGCUAAGGAUAAGUCUUUGUAUAAGACCUUUUCAAAUAGCUCCAUGAGGUCUAGCAAGUCGCUGAAUUCGCUUAAAGGAUUGAACAACUCGGUGAAUAAUGGCUCGGGAAUAGGGUUGCGUCUCAGCUCCAAGAGAGGAAGAGCAAUCGUAAAGUUAAAUGAGGACGCUGAGAGCAACGAGUAUGAGGACCUUAGUGAAGACUCCGAGGUUGAAAGCAAUGAUCAGGAUCAGUCGAAAGAGACGGUAGCGCUGAAUGCCCAGGAAUGGAGUGACAAAAAGGGAACAUCUCUGGAGAAUUUGCAUAGGAGUAUGGAGGAUGUGAGAGAGGAACACGAGACGGAUAAAUCCAUUUCUGAAGGCGCUGAGAAGACCGGCGUUAGUGGACUCCAGGCGCUACAAAACAGCCAUUUACAAAGAGUUCAGGACCGCGAUAAGGGUAAAUGCACUUCAGAGCCUCCCGCAUUCAUGUCGACGAAUAGCUCGUCAGAAGAGCUCAUGGAUAAGAAUCUAUAUGGUGGGUCAUUACUUUUAUCGCAGUCCACUGGUAUCACUCGCAAAGUGGGUGAACCACUCGCUUACAAUAUCAUGGAGGGGGCUUCCGAUGAGCGGUUAGAUCAGAAAAUGAAAGAUGAACGUAUAAGUGGAAUCUCAUUCAAGGCUAGACCCAAUAACGAUUUACGCAACAAAGAACCCGCUGAACCAGUGGCGGCUACAACCACGGCCGCCAGUGUUAGCUCUUACCAGCCUGACCAAAGCAUUUUCAGCAACCUUCAAAAAAACAACUCCAGAUAUUUAAGCAAGAUCAAACUGCAACGGUCGAACCAGCAGAUAAAUCUGGGACAACAGCAUAACGUAACAGGGGGAAAGGACUUCUCCAACUUCUUGAACAGCAGUCAUUCUUCGAAUGGCGGCCACGGUCACAAUAUCGAGACUAGGACGCAACAGCGCCUUUGGCUUCAAAGAGAAAACUCACUUAUGGAUGUCUCGCAAAACCUUGACCAUGCCAAGUUGCAGAACUUAUCAAACAUGUCACUCAACAAGCUCAUGUUUGCGCACAAUUACAACAACAGCACAACCAACGUAAGAGAUCAAGCUCGACCACAGAACCCUCAAACGCCUGGUGCUCAAUUAGGACCUCUGCCGAGUGAAAGUGAAGGUCCUAACACAGGAGAUCCAGGUAACGUCACGAACCUUUUGUAUCUCAUUCAAAGCGGCCAUCAGCAAGGAUCUGUGAGGUCACGAACAGAGUAUGAAAGGUUGAAUCGAGAAUACCUCAAUGUAAGACGACACCUCAACCCUGUGGCAGAGUCUUUGAAUAGGUUGGAAAAGUACGAUGCCAACUUGAAAGGGAUCCACGUGCAAAAGAACACCAAUCUCUCGAAGAGCGCAUCGGCGUCUGUUCAUUCACAAGUGUUAAACGCAAAUAAGUUUGAGGAAUUUGCUAGCGAGAGAGAGAAUCGUGACGAUAAGGCGUCCAUGCUUGUGAACCGGCUCUGGCAAGAAGCAUUACUCCAGACGUCGUCAUCCUCCAGUCCUCUGAUGUCACGCCACGGAGAUUCGAAUGAACACAGUUCAUUUCACCUCAACCCACAGCAGAUCCAGCGAAGGAGUCAACCGAUGGGGUCUAGUCGCAGUUCAGGGAGUGUUUCUCAGCGGUCUUCAUUAACGCCAACCACAAGAGCGGUGAAGCUCGCAGCACAAGCUUCAGCUGAUGGCAGUAGCUCUUUUCAGAGGUAA